UCUGCUAUCCCACAAAGUGAUCAGUUGCUCCUUUCUCUCUCCCUUCUCUUAGUGAUGCACCUCUGGACCUCAAGAUUAAAGCCAGUAUGAUCUCAGAUAUGUUCACUGUUGUAGGGUUUGUGUGCCAAGAUCCCGCGCAGCGGGCAUCCAACAGGUCAAUUUACCCCACCUUUGAGUCUUCCCGACGGAACCCUUUUCAGAAACCCCAGCGCGCCCGUCCACUCUCUGCCAGUGACGCAGAAAUGAAAAACCUUGUGGCCUCAGCCCGGGAGAAGGUCCCGGGGAAGUUAGGCGGCUCUGUGCUUGGUCUGUCGAUGGAAGAGAUCAAAGUUUUGCGAAGGGUAAAGGAAGAGAAUGACCGGAGAGGAGGAUUUAUCCGCAUAUUUCCUACAUCCGAGACAUGGGAAAUAUAUGGGUCCUACCUUGAACACAAAACCUCCAUGAACUACAUGCUGGCCACGCGCCUAUUCCAGGACAGGGGAAACCCGAGAAGAAGCUUGCUGACAGGAAGAACACGAGUGAAUACUGACGGAGCACCAGAACUGAAGGUGGAGAGCAUGAACUCCAAGGCCAAGCUGCAUGCUGCUCUCUAUGAGAGGAAGCUGCUGUCUCUGGAGGUGCGAAAACGUAGACGGCGGAGUGGCAGAUUGAGGGCAAUGAGGCCAAAAUACCCAGUGAUUACCCAACCAGCUGAAAUGAAUAUUAAAACUGAGACAGAAAGCGAAGAGGAGGAAGAAGUUGGAUUAGACAAUGAAGAUGAAGAGCAGGAAGCCUCCCAGGAGGAGUCUGCAGGGUCUCUUGGAGAAAACCAAGCCAAGUACACGCCUUCAUUGACUGUUAUAGUAGAAAAUUCACCCAGAGAAAAUUCCAUGAAAGUUGCCGAGUGGACUAAUAAAGGUGAUCAGUCCUGCAAAAUUGAGACUCAAGAGCCAGAGUCUAAAUUUAACCUGAUGCAGAUUCUCCAGGAUAAUGGAAAUCUAAGCAAAGUGCAGGCCCGGUUAGCAUUCUCUGCCUAUCUUCAGCAUGUGCAAGUCCGUCUGACGAAGGACAGUGGUGGUCAGACCCUCAGUCCGAGUUGGGCUGCCAAAGAGGAUGAACAGAUGGAGCUAGUGGUUCGAUUCCUUAAGAGAGCAUCAAGUAAUCUCCAGCAUUCCCUGAGGAUGGUGUUACCUAGUCGGCGAUUGGCACUUCUGGAGCGCAGAAGAAUCCUUGCCCACCAGCUAAGUGACUUUAUCGUCGUGUAUAACAAGGAAACAGAACAAAUGGCUGAGAAGAAAUCAAAGAAGAAACUAGAAGAGGAGGAGGAAGAUGGGGUGAACGCAGAAAGCUUUCAGGAGUUCAUCCGACAAGCAAGUGAGGCUGAACUGGAGGAGGUGCUGACUUUUUAUACCCAGAAAAACAAGUCUGCCAGUGUCUUCCUGGGGACUCACUCUAAAAGUUCUAAGAGCAGCAGUAGUUAUUCUGAUAGUGGGGCAAAAGGUGAUCACCCUGAGACAAUUCAGGAAGUGAAAAUAAAGCAGCCCAAGCAGCAGCAGGCAACAGAAAUCCACACCGAUAAAUUAUCUCGAUUUACCACUUCAGCAGGAAAAGAGGCUAAACUAGUCUAUACCAAUUGCUCUUCUUUCUCUGGUCCUGCUGCUGUUCUUCUGCAGAAACUUCCCAGCACCCAUCUGUCAUCUAUUAUUACAACCUCUGCCCUCUCGUCAGGUCCUGGCCACCAUUCUUCUUUAUCUCAAGUUUCUCCAGCUAUCCCCAGCAUGCCUCACCAGUCAGCACUUUUACUGAACCCUGUCCCCGACAGUGCUCCUCCCUCCAUACACCCUGGGACUCAGAACGUAAGCCCCGCUGGCCUGCCACGCUGCCGAUCAGGCAGUUACACCAUGGGCCCCUUUUCCUCUUUCCAAAGUGCCGCACACAUCUAUAGCCAGAAACUGUCUCGUCCCUCUUCAGCAAAGGCAGCAGGUUCAUGUCAUCCACACAAGCAUCAUUCAGGAAUAACCAAAACGCAAAAGGAGGGUGAAGAAGGGUCCUUCAACCGAAGGUACAACCCAAGUCUGGUUACGGCCGAACUCCAGCGGCUGGCGGAGAAGCAGGCAGCCAGGCAGUAUUCUCCAGCCAGUCACAUCAAUCUCCUCACCCAGCAGGUGGCAAACCUGAAUUUGGCCAGCGGUGUCAUAAACAGAAGCAGUGCUUCAACCCCACCCACCCUCCGACCUGUCAUCAGUCCUAGUGGCCCGACGUGGUCUAUACAGUCAGACCUCCACACUCCUGAGAACCACUCCAGCCCCCCUGGAAGCAGGAGCCUCCAGACAGGUGGCUUUGCCUGGGAGGGUGAGGUAGAGAACAAUGCCUACAGCAAGGCUACAGGAGUGGUCCCCCAGCACAAGUACCACCCCACGGCAGGCAGCUACCAACUCCACUUCGCUCUCCAGCAACUUGAACAACAAAAACUUCAGUCCCGGCAGCUUCUGGACCAGAGUCGAGCCCGGCACCAGGCAAUCUUUGGCAGCCAGACACUACCUAACUCCAGUUUAUGGACAAUAAAUAAUGGUGCAGGCUGCAGGAUUUCCAGUGCCACAGCUGGUGGCCAGAAGCCAAACACCCUGCCACAGAAAGUGGUGCCACCUCCAAGUUCCUCCACCUUGGUCUCCAAGCCCCAAUCCAAUCACAAACAAGGGCUCAGAAAGGCGGCAUCCCAGAGGGCUUCCAAAGGGUUCUCCGCAGAAGGGCAGCUGAACGGACUUCAGAACAGCCUUAGCCCUGCAGCCUUUAUGCCCAUCGCCAGCUCGACAGGAUCUUUGGAAGCUCCCCAAGUUAUUUUCGCCAGAUCCAAACCCUUACCCACACAGUCUGGAGCCUUUGCUACAGUUAUAGGACAGAGAAAAUCAAAGUCGGUGAAGUCAGGGACAAUUUAAGAACGGAAUGAGGAGAGAGACAGGAACACCAAAUCCAAGACUUGGUCAUCUACCAAAAACGUACCGGAGAAACCAAAAACACCCGGAAUGGUGGUACUGCUCAGCCAAUCGCACUUGAACCCUGACACAAAGCAGCCAGUCCCGUGAUGAACAGCUUGUAAAGUAUAGAAAACCUGAGCGAGGAGAUCAAGAUGUCCUUCAGUAGACUGGCAUCCAGGAGGGUGAAUGUGACAGCCAGCUCCAAACCAAACUGACGGCCUGCCAAGGAGCCCUGGCGUCUCUGUUUCCAGGUCUGUGAGGCUUGGACCUGCCAUGGCGUAUCGCUUUCCUCGAGCCUGUCUCCUGGUGUCCCCUGGUCCUCUCCGGUCAGUGCUUGUCUGUGUAGGGUUAUCAGCAGUGCGGCCUUGAGAAGGUUCAUCUCCUCACCUGGAAUUCUGUACAAACACGGUCCUGCUAAACUUGAGUUCACUGUCUUCUGGAGACAGUAUGCCAAGGGUGCAUGGACGUGGGCCCAGAGUCAGUCACGGUCUCAGAAACCAGCCUCCUGUGAGCAGUAUGGCUCCAGCGAAGCAUCACCAAGCAGACCCACCAGCCUGUGUCUGCCGAAAUUCUUAAUUCGGUUCAUCUCGCCCAUCUGCAGUGGGUUCCUUCCUUGAACAGAGAAGUAGUUUACAUGGUGAGGAGGCAGAAGAGUCUCAGAGGCCACAGCCCAUUCCAGCAGUGAUCUGUGAGGUGGUGGCGAGCGAGGUCUCUGCACCCACAGUUCCUGCUGAGCGGCCUCGGCGGCUGUGACAGUCCCAGAAGCCUUCCUUCUGUGGGUUGGAGAGGCAGACGCGCUGGACUGAGAGACGUAUGUUUGCAAAACAUGUUGUACAAUGCUGAGGAAAUUCCUGGGGUCCUCUUCAAGGUAACUGUGCUGAGGGCAUCAGAGAGGAAAGCACAUCUAAGACCCCUCUGUCCUGCCCUAGGCAAGUGUUACCUUAGCUCCUGUCUAUUUUACCAGUAUACUAUAAAUAUAUGCAUUGUGUUAACUGUA